UCAAUUCUCAAUUAUUUAAUCAUACCUAAAUAGCUUACUAUUUGAUUUUAUUUGAUUUUUUGUACUCUAAUUUUAUUUUCUUAAUCAUACCCAAAGUUGUGUUUGGAGCAAUGGAAUUUGAAUGAUUUUAAAAUGGAAUUUAUCUUAUUAAUAAAUAUUAUUUUAAAAUAAAUAAAAAUAAAUUGGAUUAUAUUGUAUUUGAAAAUUAUUAAUAAUUACAGUAGUUGAUUAUGCAUUGAUGGUAUCUUUUUUAUAUAGUUUUUAAUAGAACAUACAUAUUUAUAAUUGAUUCUACUGGAUGUUGCGGAUCUGCUAUUGUAUCAUUUUGUCUCUUUCUGACUUUUGCACAUGAACUGCUUUUUCUUCAUUCUCCAGCGUUUUUUUCACCUAUGCUACCUAUAAACUUUCACCCCACACCUUCACUGUUUACACUAUUUUCUUACGCUACCUACACGUGACACACACACAUAUAUAUAUUAGUUUUAUUAUAUAUAUAUAUAUAUAUAUAUUUAUUUAUUUAUUUAUUUAUUUUAGUUAAUAAUAUUAGUUAUAUAUUUGCUACACACAGAAACACCCUUUUUUUUUUUUUUUUCACAAUUAUUUGCAUUAGCUCCACAUGUUACGUACAUGUAAAUAUAUAUUGUAUUAUAUAUUUUUAACCUUUUUGUCCUACACCACUUUGCUCCUCUUUUAGUUUCUAAAUUCGCAUAAAUGAGCUUUCAUUUAAUUUACUUUUCUUUUCCAAAAUCCCAAUCCUAAAAAGACUUGGCUCUACCGUUUUUUCUUUUUCAUUUUUUUUUUCCAGUAAUUUUUACAUUGUUGAACAGUUCUACAAUUUGUUUUCUUUUUUCCUUUUUUUUUUUACAAAUACAUUGAAAUCAUGAGCGGAGUCAAAAAUUAAAUUCAGGAGGCACAAUGUAAAAAAAAAAAAAAAAAAAAUUCAAUAAACACGACAAUAAAUAUAUUCUUUAAAUCAACAGAUAAAAAAGAAAAAUUAAUCAAAAUAAUAUGUCCAUCAAUGAGUAGUUUAAGAAAGAUAAAUAGUUAAAAAAAAUUAAAAAAGAAAGAAAAAUGAGAGAAUUUUGAAAGGAAAAAAAUUGGAGUUUGAUUCAAAAAGAAAAAUUUGACUUUUUUUUUAUAGGAAAUUAAACGAAUUUAAAAAGUAAAAAGAAAAAAGAAUACAAAAUUUAAGAGAUUAUUUUAAAAACUAAAAAUUUUAGGGAGGGCAUUAUAUUAAUUUUUCAUAUAUACAUGUAAAAAUAUAGAAAUUUAAUAUAAGCGGGCCAGGGCAAGGGGCACGUGUCCUUGCGCAUACACUGGCUCAACCCGUGAUUGAAACUAUAAAUUUACAUUAGCAUUGUAAUAUGCUAAAUAUGUAAAAUGAUGUUCAAAACCUACUCAACUUAUAUACUACUAAAUAUUUAACAAAAUUUGCAGAUGCCCAGUAGUUAGUGCCUCCGGUGAAUUUUUGCACCUACUAAUCUAACUUCUAACCCUUAUUGCCUUGUAAAUAUAUAUAUAUAUAUAUAUAUAUAUAUAUAUAUAUAUAUUUCGAACAAAAUUUAGAUAUGAAAUCUUCGUAACAAAAUUUUCUAUGUUGAGUAAAACCUCUCCAAGUGAUGAUUCUGAUUAUAUACACUCCAAAAAAGCUGGUUGUAAAUGAAAAAUCAUUAAUUAGUAGCUCAUUAUAUAAAUUUAUUUAAUUACAUUCAUACACCAAAUGAUGGUUUUCAUGUGUCUGAUGGAUGCAAAUUUUUUAUUUAUUUUUGGUUACAUUAACAAUGGACUAGAGCCAGACUCUUUACGUUUUGGUUGCUUGUCAGAUUCUCCCUUUACUAGGGAGGGAGUGGUCCUAGACACCCAAUGAAGAGAUUGUAAUGCUUCAAGCAAAAGUGAAUGCACUCAACAUGAAAAUAAAGUCAUUAGCAAAAUAUUGGAGCCUGGGAAGUUGGGAUUGGGAAUGCGAACUGAAUUGGGAAUUGGCACUGGAUUGGAAAUUGGGAUGGGAUUUCGGAGUGGGAAGUGGAGCAGAAAAAGCAAGGGAAGCAAGGGCCCAACGAAAUAGAGAGAUUGAAAAUUUUCGACCACAGAUAUCUUCACUGCUAAAGAGAUUAAAGAUACAAAUAAUAAAAUUGGAUGAACUUGAGGAGAUACAUCCGCACAACAUUGAUGGCUAUCAAAUGGAGCUUUUAGCCCUUGUACGGCAACAAAGGGCAGAGGCUGCGAAAAAGCGAGAAGAAGAGAAAGCAGCCAAAGAACAGAAGAAGGUAGAAGCUCGCAAAUGAUGAUGACAGGUGCCGUAAGUAAUUCUAUGGAACAAAUACUUCCUAUGAGAAGUAUGUGUGCAGAAUUAUUAUUAUUCCCAUGUUGGUACGAUGAAAACUAAUUUUCCCUAUUUUCAUAUUAUUGUGUCUUAUAUAAGAAAUGGAAUUUGAAUACUCUUAAUCACAAGUUUUUAGCCUCUAUAUAGUAUUACAAUGUGGUGGUACUAGAUUUUUUGCUGAGCCAGAUAAUUUUGUACAAGGAAAAUGAUUUUUGAGCAUACCAGACUGGCCGAAGAGACCAACCGAGGCUUAAAUAUCAUUGGAUAUAUUUGUAUUGGGCGGGAUGCAAAGGGUUUUUGGCAAUCUGCCUCUCCAUGGAUAAACUAUUAGUGUACUAGAUUUUUUGCUGCCAUCACGCCGCGAGCCGCCGUCUUCAUCACGGCUGAGUUCAGUCUAGCCGAUUCCACAGCCCCUUGCUCAUAACCGCUGUGAGAUCUCGUUGGCCGCCCGCCCAUCCCCGGAUCCAUAGUCGCCGGUGGGUUCUUCUCCAUCCAUUGAGCUUCUUCUUCACGGCCAGAUUCACAAUGGCGGCAAAAAUCACAACCUCUUCGGCAGUGAUAGAAGCGGACUAGAUGGCUGAAACGGCGACUUAGGACGGAGUGCGGUAGUGAGCUUCGGAUCCAUGGACCGGCGGAGAUGGACGGCUGGUGAGAUGGGUUUGGUUCGGUGGUGGCUUCAGCUGUGAUGCUGGGCUGAUGGCUGUGCAAUGACGGCGGAGCCCGUCUUCUCCUUGCUCGCCGGUGCCGACUGUCGCGUGAGAGGCUGGGGUUGUUUAUUGUCCUUUUUGGUCUUUUUACAAGAUUUUGUAUUUUUAUAUAUUUUAUAAAAUUAUUGACUAA